AUGGGCUGUAUGAAUUCUAAACCUUCUUAUAAAUCUUAACCUACAACUUCUAGAAAGACUUAGAUAUAAUUAUAAUUAAAUAGCUAAGAAGAAAGUCCAUAUGUGAUUAAAAAGAAUCCAAUAUUUUAGAGAAGAGCCCCUUAAAAAUCAAAUGUUAGCCCUUUACAAACUGCCUCUUUUAUCUAAAGAAAUAAGUGA